CAUUCACAUCUUCCAAGCCUGUGACAACAUAAAGACCACAAAAAAUAAACUCAAAAUUCAGCAUGGCUCCCCUGUUCACUGUAUCAUAUACCUUGACAACAAAGUUUUUGUGUCCCUGCUGAAUGGUGACCUCAUCGUCUACAAGCGAGACCAGGAGGGGUUGUGGGAUACAGAAUGCCCAUACACUCGUACAAUUGGGUCGCCCACGUCUCCCAUCACAAAAAUGCUGGCCGUAGCUGGGAAACUUUGGUGUGGCUGCCAGAACCAGAUUUACGUCGUUAAUCCACUUGCUUUCAACAUAGAGACCUCAUUUCAAGUGACUCCAGACACUAACCGUGCCGUUCAGUGCCUAGUUUGCUCAGGUCAAGGAGUGUGGGUGGCCUCGCAGCAGAGCUCCAAGGUGAUGCUCUUCCAUGCUGUCACCUACGAGUUUCUGCUGGAGGUCUCCAUAGCUCAGGCUGUGUCACAAAAGCUGCAGUCUGCAGACGAUAUUAUUCGACAACACAAGGCGGCUUGUCUGCGCAUCACCGCACUCCUGGUGUGCAAGGAUCUACUGUGGGUGGGAACCAGUGCAGGGGUCAUUCUUACCAUUCCCAUACCUCGCAUUACCUCCACAUCCACGCGUGGGUGCUUGGCCACUCCAGCCGUCACAGGUCUGCCUUACGGACAUACAGGUCAUGUCCGGUUCCUCACAAGUGUGGAAAUUAGUGGCACAGCAGGGACAAAAGUGGAUGCUCCCCGAGAAACUGCAGGAGAACGGGCCGGCGGCUACUCUGUUCAUGACAUUCAUCGCAGGUCAUCCAUGGCGGCUACAACUGCAACAAUGGCUAGCCGCAUGUUGGUGAUUAGUGGCGGGGACGGGUAUGAAGAUUUCCGCAGCAACGCGGCGAAUGAGGGUGCUGGACGAGAUGAUAGCACCAACCACCUUCUACUUUGGCAAGUGUGA